AUCUUCUACAACUUCGCAUACAUACAGGGAGAACAUACUCCUACUUGGCCAAGAUUGUAGUACACUUGUUUGGGGGCCGCGCGCGUCUUCGCAACUGCGAUAAGGCGUGUACCAAACAUGGAUCCACCUCGACGUCAACCCGCUAGGAGCGCCAGAAAUAAGAAGCCAGUUUACGAAGACGAUGGUGAUCACGGUGAUGAUGAAGAUAGCGGCUAUUCGGAAUUCGAACGAGACACCGUCGAUGAAUCUGAUGGCGAGAGCGAUGCGGAAAUGCCGGACGCUGCUCCAGAAGCUGCUGCGAUUGACAAUGGGCUUGGAAAUGCACUUGACAAUGAUUCAGAUGAUUCUACACCCCUUGCCCGAUCCGAGUAUCAGUUGCCUGAUAACCAUGUACCAACACGUCGUAAUUUCACCAAUGUUGGGCCGAUGCUUCACCGUUUUGGCCAGUUCGUGGAUGGGUCUGAUGCUGAUGUGCCUUUGCUGGACAUGGACCCUGGUGUCGGAUCCAUAUCUUCCAAUCUCCCCUCAACCUCGAGGGCACGCAUGGCUCCAAAGCGGAAAGCUCAACCGAGGUCCUCCUUUGUAACAAAGUCCAAGAAACCCAGAAGAUCUGCACCUCAACACACAGCUAAAGUAUCAAUCAUGGAGCUGUUGAACUUAUUGGACUAUGAAUCGAAUGCAGAAUCCGACUUGGAUUUAGACUUGUCAGCGAUGUUCGAAAAAUCCGGAAAACGAUCUGCUGAGCCAAAAGUGAACUCGAAAGGAAAGCAAGAAGCAUCCGUAGCUACUGCGCCGACCGACUCGGAAGAAGAAACAGAAGCGAAUGAAUUGGCUGAAGAUGCGUAUGCAGCUGAAGAAGACCCCAUCGCACAGUCUAAUUUCCGCCAUGGUGUCGAUGGCUGGAAUUCAAAUCUACCUCCCCUCAAUAAAGUCUCGCAGUUCUUCGAAGACAUGGCAGAUAAAGCUGUCGAUAAAAACAUCCAGACUAUGUUGAAAUUCAUAUUGGAUAAACGCCUCACGUUUGCGACGAUGUGCUCAGGCAGCGAAGCACCAAUGCUCGGCCUCCUAGAGUUUCAACGUGCCCUUCUCUGGAAGUAUCAGUCAUUAUUUCCUUUCCGUCAAGCAUUUGCGGCCGAAAUUCAUCCGGCAAAGGCUGCAUUCAUCAAUCGUAACGGCACUACGAAGCUCAUCUUACGAGACAUAGUUGAAUUCAUCUUAGGCGCUGAAGACCCAGGCGAUCUCCUUCUUACCACGUCAUACGGCGCGAAGACUGUUCUCAAAGAGAAGGUGCACGUGCUAAUUGCAGGUUUUGCUUGCGACGACUUCUCGUCGCUAAACAACUACAAGAAGCUGCUCGAGGACAAGGGAGAAUCUGGAGACACCUUUCACGCGAUUCUAGCUUAUAUGGUGCGAUACAAGCCCGCAAUGGUCAUUCUCGAGAAUGUUAGUGGUGCUCCGUGGGUCCAUGCAAAGUUAGGAAAGGCACAAACGAAAUCGAAAAAUCCCCGCGUCGGUAUCGACGAGCAUCUGCAAGAUGUCGGUUAUUAUACACAAUUCGAGCGCGUUGAUAGCAAACAGUUUUACGUGCCGCAUACGCGUGUUCGAGGCUAUAUGCUAGCCGUUCGCAAGGACCUCUUCGACUCCAAGCAAGAAUCCUGGCAGCUAUUACAGGACUUCUCGAAUUUGUUCACAUCCUUUAAGAGAGCCCCAAGCGCCCCUGCAGAGGCAUUCAUGUUCAGAUCAGAUGAUCCCCAUUUGUCUGUCCUGAAGCAACAGGUCGCUGUGACGGAGAGAAAGAAGUCGGAAUGGGUAAAAGCAAGCAUUCAGCACGACUCAUAUCGGGCCGUAAAUCACUUUGGUACCAACCGACCUGUGACACAAUGGCGCUCUGAUGGGUCAAGAAAAUUGCCGGAUUGGUUUAGGUCCUUCCUGGCGAUGUCUGAGCGCGUAGCAGAUUCAAUCGACAUCGCACAUCUCCGCAAUAUCCGGAGACUGGUUGAUGACAGAUAUUACAGUCGGAUCCUGGAGCUAUCCCAGAAUGUCUAUCGAGUCACUGACAUUACGAAGCAAUCGACAAUCGGAUGCUGCAUGCCAAACAACCUGUUAUUCUCGACCGUUGAAGGUCGUAGGAUUACUGGCAUCGAAGCUUUGAUGUUCCAAGCCACGCCGACUCAUCUCGCGGACUAUUCUAAUAUGAGCGAAGCCCUCUUACACGACCUAGCUGGAAACGCGAUGACCUCCACCGUUGUCACGGCCUUCACAUUAGCGGCACUAAUGACAUUCUAUGCUAGGCUCGGAUUGGAAGAUGGAUAUUCAAACAUUCUAGAAGAGCCUUCUGUGGAUUUCAAGGGCAGGGAAUAUCUGAUUCCUCGCCAAGUCAGCCUAGAUGAUUGCAAGUCAACAUCAGUAGCAAGCGUGACUAGGUUAGCAGCUGCGCUACUCAAAUACUGUUACUGCGAAAUGCAGAACGAGACGACCACGUUGCCGCUUCAGCAGUGUAAAAUCUGUCAACAAACGACAUGUACAAAGUGUGGUGUUGAACCACAGCACUCGUACCAAAUCUUCAAGAAAUCUCAACUCAAGCAUCGAGAGAUCCCCUCAAACUUGGACAGACAUAUCUCGGAAUUACUUCCAGGGGAACUCGAUGUACCUGGCUGGAUGUCAAUCGAUAUUGAGGGUCACCUUGCUGCACUGAGCGACGUGCUACCUCCGUCCGCUACGGAAUCCGAAUGGGAGCGGGCCCUGAAAAUUGUCAAAGGUGCAUUAUCAACGAGAGUCUUCUUACGGGAGGUUCGACGUUCAUGGUCCAUUGAGGUCCUUUAUGAUUCACCUGAUGCCAUUGUCAAAGGCUUUGUUUCCAAGGAAGGUGUUGAAUGGCGCUUAUAUGCAAAUGUGCCCAAGGAGCCUUUGGGAAGUCCAGUCGGUAAAUUUUUUCGACGAUUCCCUGUCGCUCGACUACGUCCAACUGGGGAUAACUUCCUUGCAGGACGUUGGCAGCUCUGGAUCCCAAAGUCGCGAGACUUUGCCGUCACCCUAACGUCGUCUGGCAAACCCAUCGAGUCUUUCCAAUGCGAACGCGGUCUGGUCGCUGAACAUAAUAUGCGAACAUUUCCGACCAUACAGCUCGACAUUGAUUUCAAGGACAGUGAUGACGGAUUCUACUUCGAAAGAGAUAUCUGCGGUGUAUAUACUGCUGCUCCGACAUGUGGUCAAGCCUUCAACAGUUUUCACAUCCGCCAAUCAGACAUUGGAAAGCCAAAUCCUUUGGGAUUAUUCCUCGAUGUCCCCUUACGUAGUGGAACACCUAAUGAUACGCAUUUCGUUGUCUCCACUCAAUUCCAGAGACUAGAUCACGGCGUGUAUCGCGAUUCAUUUGCGCAACUCCUCACCUGGAGACAACCAGAGAAGCGUGUUGUUAAAGAUGCCAUCGAUAAGACACCACUCGAGCUCUAUGAGGGACCUGUCGUGGAGAAGGAUGUUAUUCAUGUCCCGGGAUUCUGGGCCUCAGCCGUAACAUUAUUAUGCGAACUAAGACCUGCGACCAAAAUUAAGCAACUUCAGAUUGCCGAGCAACUGGAAACUGCAGCAGUGUUCGAUUGCGACAACAAUUACUCUUUUUUGGAGCUCUCCGCACAGCUACCACUCAAAGUGCCUGAUGCAUUCCUCAGGGGUAAGUGGGAGAAAGUCACUCGCAUCAUCCAAGCCGAUUUCUGGCGUGAGAUGGGAUGGCUUUUCACCAAAUCAAGUGUAUUAGUCGGCCAUACCGAGUCGACUAGUAAGUGGCAUGCACUGCCGAACGAUAUGCAGCAUUGCUCAAAUUGUGCUCCGAGUCCACCAAAUCUGCACUGGGUCUAUAAGCCUGGCAGAAAUGCAGCAAGUAAUUUGGUUGCGAAGGAGGAUCCAAAGAAAGCUGCAGAGUACGAGGAUUCUAUCAGACAUCGUCCUGAAUGUUUCACUGCCUUUUUCAGAAUGCAAGAUAACUCGGUGGGCACCUCGCUCGAGUUCCGUCUGGUAGGAAACCCCAUGACCCUCGCCCACCGAGCAAGAGCCUUCCUUGCAGCGACGGGACCUUCUUCUGGAAUUUCGCUCUCAUGGCGACUCAUCACGGAUGACGACUCUAAUCGCAAGCCGAACGUCUCUAUCUAUGACAUGCCACGGACCGAUAACAUGGCAACGGCCGCUCAGCCAUUCGAUAGAGCAGGCAUUGCGCUGCAACGAGAGCAGAGACGCGCUUUGGAAUGGAUGAUAUUACAAGAGAAAAAGCCGCGUCCUUUUAAGCAGGAGCAAAUCGUUGAGGGCGUGGUCCGCGAUAUAGGCUAUCGUCUUGAAGGACGCGCGACUUGUGAGAAGACGGUCGCGGGCGGCGUCCUUGCACAAGGUGUUGGAUUCGGCAAGACCGUUGUGACUCUGGGCCUGAUCGCUUCGAACUCCGGUUUGUAUCAAGAACAAAGUGCGAGCAGAAUGACCCAGGAGCCCUCGAAACGUAUUCCCACAAAAGCAACCUUGAUCUUAAUGCCGCCCCAUUUGCUUGGCCAGUGGGAAAGCGAGAUUGAGAAGUUCAUGGGUAGCGCCCCAAUUGUCUUGGCCGUCAAGAAUCUCGUUACCCUGAAGAAGUACACCAUCCAAGAUUUCAUUCACGCGGAUAUUAUAGUGGUUGCGUGGAGCAUUUUCGAAUCUGAGACGUACUUCGGAUAUCUCGCGCAGUUCGCAGGCAUGAUUCCUCCGGCGACGAUGAAGAACAGUCGCCUCACACGAAUCUGGUACGAAAGCGCGCUAAAUCGCGUGGCAGAGAAUUUAGACCAACUGAGACAGGAUCCGCAGGGAUUCGAGGAUUACCUCGAAGGGAAAUUCUACGAGAGUAAAGCAGCAGCCAUGUCUGCAGAGGUUCCGGUUCCCUCAAGGCACGUUACUGGUGCAGCCUACAAAAACUCAGAUGCCCGGUUGGCAGAGGCUCAGGUCCACGAAAAUCAUGACAGUGAGCAUGCACACCUCGAGUCUGAUGAGGAAGAGGUUGAAACUUUGUCGGAUGAUGGCACUGCACCAAACACAGGUGGCGCUCCCAAAGAGGAGACCAAGAAGACACCAAAGCUUUACGAUCCUAGUUGGAAGUGGAAAUUUCCAGGAAUUGCGCAAACCAAGGGAAAAAAGACUCGAGCUAAGGGAACAAAAUCUCGAGAUGAUCCCAAUAAGCAGUAUCUUCUCUUUAAAUUUCCCUUAUUCGAGAUGUUCACCUUUAACCGCUUAGUGAUUGAUGAAUUUACUUACAUCAAGAGUCACUUGUUGACAGUUUUGGAACUACUCGAAGCCAACCGGACUUGGAUACUUUCGGCAACGCCACGCCUGGCAAGCUUUGAUUACGUCAAAGCCAUGGCCACUCUUCUUCACAUCAACCUUGGAUCUGAUGAUUAUUCGAAUAUGGUUGCAGAACUUUAUAGUGACAAGUUCUCCAAACUCACAAGCUCUGAGCAGAUGGUAGCCCUGGCCGAUGUCUCGUCGGCAGCACUGCGUGAACACUAUCACGAACAAGCCAAGCGCUUCCUUUUCCACUUUGCCAGAUCGGAUGCGGCUCGGUGUGAACAAUUCCCCAUGUAUGAAUUCACAAUACUCAUUUCGCAAUCUGCCGCGGAGAUGGCCAUGUAUAGUGAGCUACAGCAGAACGUGGCUGCGAGUAACUUCGUGGGUAAACCUACCUCCACCAAUGGUGGAAAUCGGGAACAGAUGGUCAGAGACUUGGGCUUCUGCCUCGAUGGCCGAGAAUUGCUCUUUAUGCGCGCUUCUUCACAAUUUUCCCCCGACCCGGAGAACGGUGCGUCUAUCGACCGUAGUAUGAGUGCUAAUCAGAUGAGUGAUUAUGUUGCCAACGUGCGGCAUGCCGAGCUCCGCGAUAUGCUACGCACAUUUACGACAGAAGCUAAGAAGGCGUUGUGGCUGGCGGAUCACGUCACGAACAACGCGGAGCUUGACUUGUUUCGAGAGUUCGUCGAACGUAUCAGCAAGAACCACUUUGGCGACGCGGAGGCUACCAAGUAUCUUCGGAAGGCACUUAAGAAUGCUUCAAAGGAGUUCCAAGCAAAUGAAGAAGUCUGGACAGAGUUUUACAAGGAUCCCAGAGCCGACCAAAAUGAUCCAGUCCAAGAAGCACUUCCUGUGAAGCCGGAUGGACUUAUCGUCACCGCCAGUAGCAGAGAGAUCGUUCUUGUUGAUGCUGAUCUUCGGACCAGCACGAGCGCUCUUAACAAAAUGUCACAAGAGGUCCUGGCACGGACGCGAGGAUUCCGAUUCUUCCAGAGCGUCCGCAAUAUCAAGGACGAUGGUCCCUACAGCUGUGUCGGUUGCGCAGGGCUUGUCGACGACCGAGCCAACAUCUUUGUGCUUACCACAUGUGGGCAUACCCUAUGUGCCACAUGCGUCACUAGGCAAGAUUCUUCCGAUAAAUGUCCAGCGAGCGACUGUGGAGCCCUUAAUAUGCAUCACCAGAGAUUGAACGGUGCUUCCCUGGCUGGCAAUUCAACUGCGGAUGAUACUUCUUGCUUCGGUACAAAGCUAGAUACCGUGGUGGAUCUUAUCAACAGCUUUGGCAAGGCUGAGAAGGUCUUGGUCUUCGUCCAAUUUGAAAAGACAGAGUCGAGACUUAAAAAGGCUCUAGCGGCGGCUAACAUCGGAUUCUGCGACUUGGACGAUUGUAGAAACGCGUCUCUGGUCCUUGAAGAAUUCAAGGAGAAUGCAAAGACUCAAGUCAUGAUCUUGAAAGUUGACGAUGCCGGAGCAGCUGGAAGCAACUUAGUAAAUGCUCGGCACGUCUUAUUCCUACAGCCGUUUUACACGACUGGAUCUGACGCUAGGGCUGUCUACGUAGCAGCGAGAACCCAAGCAAUUGGGCGUUCUCGAAGACAUGGUCAAACAAGACCAGUCUUCGUUUACAACCUUCUCACUGCUGGCACAAUUGAUGUCGACUACGUCGAGGCUCGUGAGGGCAAGAUUGUGGAGAAAGUCGAAACCAUCGACGAUCUUCCUGCAGCCGAAGCCGAAGCACUUCGUGCACAUCCUGCUUUCGAUAGACUACCUACUUUGACAUACGCUCGGCUGACGGAUCGCACUCCUGCUACCCCUCACGGUGCCUUUUGCAGCACUGGUGUGGGACUUGUUUCUUUCGACGAUACUGAAGACUAGCAUCUUCUUUGCUUUCGA